UCGUCUAACGUUGUAUGCACUUUGUUUACAAACGAGUGCCUUACAAAGUGCACCACAUAAAAUCGAAGGGACUUUAGUGCAUGAUGACGAAAAGUGGGUUGUAGAAAAGUUUGCAUGUUCUUGUAAAGCUGGGCAAAGUGGUCGAUGCAAGCAUAUUUCAGCAGUUUUGCUACAAUGUUCAAGGACUUCCCUCGAUAAACUUGAAGCAGUUUCGCAAACUGAUAUUAAAUGCACAUGGUCUGCUCAGAAAGGCAAAACACAAGAUAAAUAUAGAGCAAUUCCUGUUAAAGAAAUGCCGUGCAUAAAGCAAAGUGAUGGUAUGAAAUUGGACGAGGCAAUUUUAAUGGGCAUACACGAUAAUUUGGUGUCUAAAUUGCCAAAUUCAGCAUUGGCAUUACACAAGGCAGGACGACGUUGCACAAACCUUUCCACCUUUGAGAAUGAAGAAGUGUUUACUCCAUAUGAUGAGCAUGAUGUAGUCAUUUUAAAUCACGCAACGCAAUCAAUUUUAAUGAUGGAAUUGUAUCAUUUUCAUGUAAAUUUCAUAGGUUCUUGUUGUAAAGAAUUGUUCGAUAAACACUUAUUGAAAGAUAUUGACGAAAUAUUGCUUAAAACUAAACAGUCAAAAGAAUUUUGGAAUAUUGAAAGAAAAUUUAGGGUUACAGGUUCACGAAUUUAUGAACUAUAUACGUAUAAAUCAGAUGAUUGGCAAAAAAAAGCAAAUCGUUAUUUUAAUCCAAUAAGUUUCAUGAAUAAAUUUACUAAGCAUGGCAUUGAGCAAGAACCAGUUGCCCGACAGAUUUUUAUGGAUGCUACGGGCUUGAAAGUUGUAGAAUGUGGAUUGGUUGUUUCUCACUUUAAUUCCUGGCUUGGUUAUUCACCUGAUGGAAUAAUUGUUGACCAAGACGGUAAUCCAAAAGAAUUAAUCGAAAUUAAAUGCCCAUUUGCAGGUGCUACAGAGACCAUAGGAAGUGUGGUACCUAAAUUAAAAUACUUGCAACUUGAAGACAAUAUUUAUGAAUUAAAAAAAAAACACAAAUAUUUUGCACAAGUGCAACUUGGGAUGGCGAUGCUAAAUGUAUUUAAUUGCAAAUUUAUUAUUUAUUGUUCUUUUGAUAAAAGCAUGUUAAUUCUAGAUGUACCAUAUAAUUACGAUUUUUCAAAAACUUUAUUGUUUAAUGUUAAAGGAAAGUAUUUUAAAAAAAUGUUACAUGUAAUGUGUAAUACAUAAA